GUGACUUUUUAGGAGCAGAGCUGAAUCGUCAGUCCACACCUUUGAUUUCCAGUUUCAACCAUAUUGGAAAGUCGUGUUGGUUUGUUAGAGAAAUAUGAACGCAGCCGCGUCGACCUUGCACCACUCCUUCGGUCUGGGCCCUCGAGGUCCCAUGCCUCCACAUGGAGCUCCGCAGGCCCAGGGGCCCCAUCACCCACCUCCAGGCUCCUCAGGAGCUCCACGUGCUGAGGAGCAGCACCACAAACCUUUCUUCUACAUCCAGCCCUCGCAGCCGUACAUGUCCAUGCAGAGUCUGCAGUGGCCCGUGCCGCUGCCCAUGCCGGUGUCCUACAACCCGUACUACGGCUACCCUGGUUUAGGUUAUGGGAUGCCGAUGAUGCCUCACUAUCAGCCGAAUCCAUACAUGGAGCCCCCUGGCUUUGUCGUACCGCACACCCACCUCCACCUGAUGGACUACAGACGCUUGCUGAACCCUCAGUACUACCAGACCAUGGCGUACCACUCCCGCAGGUUCCGCUACCAACAGAACGUGCCGGCCAGAGAAAUGACCAGCUCUCAGGUUCAAACGGAGCCCCUGUCUGCGGCCCAGAGGAGCAGCACGCCGGCUUCCAGUGGCGCCUCGGCUGCUUCAGUCUGCAGCAGCGACUCCCCCAGUGUCUCCACCAGCCAGAUGAUCUCACCAGUCAAACAUCUCCUGGAGCAUGAAGAUCCGUCGCCCUCUUCCCCGACCAGGACGCCACCGAAUGGCAGCUUCGUGAUUCAGACGGAGGAAGUGAGGAUUGAGUGCUGCACGACACCGGUGGGAUUGCAGCUUCUGCACGCUCGUGAGACGGCAGAGGUGUCCCACAGGUAUGCACAGGACGUGGUCCAGUGUAGCUCCAUCCUCCAGGGCGGCGUGCUGCAGGACGACGGGCUGUGUCUUCCUGCAGACCAGUCGGAGCAGGCACUUCAAGCUUGUCCUGACAUUCUUCUAGUUGGCGGUGGUGAAGACAUCUCUGCUCUGGAGGAGUCCAGGAAUCCGACGGAGCUCAUUGCUGAGGUCUCCAAUGUGGGGUCUCAAGUCUCAGCUCAUGUUGACGAGACGAAGAGGGAGAAAGACCUGAGUAACUUUCGCUUCAACAUUGUUCACCUGCCCUUCGACCCCAAGUACCUGGAUGAGCUGCGCAAGAUGGAGUCCACCGUUUGGUCGGUGGCGGAAACCUUGAUCCCCUCCCAUGACUCGCUGAUCCAAAAUGGCUGCACAGGCUCUCAUGAGGAGAUGCUGGCUGCUGUCGCUGAAGUGUUGUCGGAGGAUGUGCCGACGCUGAACGAGGAGGCUCCUGCAGAAGAGGUCGUCACCAUGACCGAGAUGCCGCCUUUGGCAGAGGACGAAGUAGAGGACAUGGUUCCCGCUGCAGAGAGUCCUGCGGACGAGAUCUGCCCCAUCAUGGAUGUCGCAGAGGAAGCUCCUAUCGUCAAACUGAUGCACACAGCAGAGGUGGCUCUUGCAGUUAAUCUGUUGGGUAAUUCCCCUCUGACUGGAGAUAGAAACCAACAUGGAAGAAACACGGACGUCCAGGAUCAUCAGGACACUUCGUUUGAAUCGUUACCCGCCUACCUCCCCUCAUCCAACUGGUUGGCCGACUUCGACAACGUCUACUAUUGCAGCAAGAUGCCACCAACUCCCAAGAAGCAGAGCAAACCUGCGUCCAGCUGUGGUUUGGACGUGCCCGUCAGAAGGAGAAAACUAGACCUAGAGUACAAAGAGCAGAACAACGUUCGCAAACCUAAGGAAAGGUUCAAACCCAAAGGGAAGGUGGAUCGGCGAAGCCUCUCUGACCACGAAUGCUGCCUUCGAAGAAAUUUCAACGAGAACGCGUUCGCCCCGUAUGCGUCCAAGAGGGAGCGGCUCUGCUCCAGAUGUUCGGCAAAACAGAGGAUCUGCACGACAGCCAGUCCAGGACUUGACGGCAGGAGCUUAAAGAGAAAAGCUGGUCCCCUCCAGCAGUGGAACGACUCUCCCGUACCCACAUGUGACGCUUGUAAAUUUCACACCAAGAAACUGAUGACGAAAGGCUCCGGCCCUGACGUCCGUGGUCUCCAUCAGGGACUCGACACCGAGGGAGAGUCUUCUGAGAACAGCUCGUGUCGCAGGGGAUCAAAAUGGAGGCAAGCCGACGAUCCCAGGAAGCUGGCGGACUUCAAGAGGCCGCUGGCGUCCAAGCAGAACCAGGAGAAGUGUCCUGCAGCCUCGUACCCGAAGCUCAGGGAGAAGAACUGCGUGUGCGACGAGCCGCAGCAUCAGCCCGUCGCAUGGGAGAGGCUGCGACACUGUCACCACGGCAACAACAUCCCGGAAAUGGAUGAAAACUGCGCCAUGCCAGUUUCCGUGCAGGACAAAUGGAGGAAUGUGGAUCAGAUCUACUGGACACACAGGUGGCAAACUGACAAAUCGUGGAAGGCGAUGAUGCCCGACGUCGACGGCUCCAAGAAUGAAGCCCGAUCGCAACACUUGAAUAAGCACAAGAAAUCACAAUCACAGGGAACUCGUAGGAAAGACACAAGAUGCUGAUUUUUGCACAAGAGCACAGAGUGGAGAAAAUCACCUUUUUUAAAAAGAACUGUACACACUUAAUUUAAUAUCUCACUUAAUUUAUUUGUACAAUAUGUCACAAUGUGCACUAUUUAUUAACAUGUAAAUAAACACAAUUUAUAAUAA